CUUAACCCUGCGCGCGGUGGCAGAGCCGGGCCCGGGGACCGACAGCGGGUGAAGGCGACUCGCCCCACAUUCGCUGCAGGGGAAAGAGGCCGAGCGGGAGGCGAGACCAGGUUUCAGGCUACAGAAUAACGUCCAUGUUUUGCUCCGGAUCGUCCCACUCUUCCACGGGAAAGGCAAUGGCUGCAGCGGAGUUAGCUGAGGGGCAACUUUAUUGUUGACUUCCAGUCUUCUGGAGUUUCCGCAGUGUUCCAAGAGCUAUUGAAAAGCAGCAUUAAUGGUCCAGAGAGCUCCUCAACCUCCUCAGCCUGCUUUUUUAAAACUCUUGAAUGGAAGAUAUCUGGAACUGCUGAUUUUAAAAAUGUCUGACGGGCCGGUGACCUUCGAGGAGGUGGCUCUGUAUUUCACCGAGUCAGAGUGGGCUCUGCUGGACCCCGCUCAGAGAGCCCUCUACAGAGAUGUCAUGCAGGAGAACUAUGAGAACGUGACCUUGCUAGGGUUUCCAGUUUCCAAACCUCAUGUGAUCUCCUGGCUGGAGCAAGGGGAGGAACCAUGGGUCCCAGACCUCCAGGACUCUGAGGAAAGAGAGACCCUGAGAGAUGCCCGCACAGCAGAUGAUGGGAUGGUGAAUGAGGAGGAGAAUCCUCAACGAGACGAUGCUGAGCAAGCAGAAGCACAUGGGACAUUCUCAGAAAGAUCCAAAGGGAAUGUUUCCUGGAGUUGUGCACAGGCAAACGACUGUGAGAGUCAGCACAGACCAGCGGAAAAGUUCAGUAGAGGCUCAGACCUUAUUAGACAUGAGAGAAUCAACACAGGAGAAACACCGUACAUCUGCCUGGAGUGUGGGAAAACCUUCAAACAUAACAAUGCCUUUAUCAUACAUCAGAGAAUCCACACAGGGGAGAAACCCUUCAGAUGUACUGAGUGCGGGAAAGGCUUCAAUAAUAGGUCUCAGCUUGUCACACAUCGGCGAAACCACACAGGAGAGAGACCCUACUCAUGCCUUGAGUGUGGGAAAGGCUUCACUUCUAGCUCAUAUCUUGUCUCGCAUCAGCGAAUCCACACAGGAGAGAGACCCUAUUCAUGCCCUGAGUGCGGGAAAAGCUUCAUUUCUAACUCACAGGUGGUCUCACAUCGGAAAAUCCACACAGGAGAGAGAUCCUAUUCAUGCCCUGAGUGUGGGAAAAGCUUCAGUCAUAGUUCACAGCUUAUCACACAUAAGAGAAUCCAUACGGGAGAGAAACCGUACACAUGUCCUGAGUGUGGGAAAAGCUUCAGUCAGAGCUCUGGCCUUGUCACACAUCAGAGAAUCCACACAGGUGAGAAACCCUACACGUGCCUUGAGUGCGGGAAAAGCUUCAAUCGGAACUCAUUGCUGAUCAUGCAUCAGAGAAUUCACACUGAGGAGAGACCUUACAGAUGCCCUGAGUGCGGGAAAGCCUUCAUUUGUAGCUAUCAGCUUGUCUCACAUCGGAGAAUCCACACAGGAGAGAAACCCUACUCAUGCCCUGAGUGUGGGAAAAGCUUCACUGAUAGAUCACAGAUGAUCAAACAUAAGAGAAGACACACAGGGGAGUCCCCCUACACAUGCCCUGAGUGUGGGAAAAGCUUCAGUUCACCCUCACACCUUAACGCACAUAAGAUAAUUCACACAGGAGAGAGACCCUACACAUGUUCUGAGUGCGGGAAAAGUUUCCGUCACAGAUCAAACCUUAUCGAACAUCAGAGAAUCCACACAGGGGAGAUGCCCUAUAGCUGCCCUGAGUGUGGGAAAAGCUUCCGUCGGAACUCAGAGCUCAUCAUACAUCAGAGAAACCACACAGGAGAGAGACCCUUCAGAUGCCCUCAGUGCGGUAAAGGCUUCACUUCUAGCUCACGGCUUGUCUCACAUCAAAAAAUCCACACAGGAGAGAAGCCUUAGUCGUGCCCUGUAUGUGGGAAAGGCUUCAGUCAUAGUUCAUGGAUCAUCACAGAUCAGAGAAUCCACACAGGAGAAUAACACUAUACUUGUAUUCAGGAGGGCUGCCCAAAUAUUUUUUGUUUUGGGUUUUGUUUUGGUAAUACGUUGGCUAAUUCCCACAUAUUGGUCUUUAAGGUCGAUUGCAGCAUUUCCUUUACUGUAGUCUCUCAGCUCCCUUCUGGUGAGUUGCCACCUUCUAUCUUUUGCAGCUCACCUUACUUUGGGGUGAAUCCUGUGAACAUUUCUAUCGACUCCUUUGUCUUAUGAGUUAUGGGAAUGUGUGUCCCUCUUGACAGAAAUGUCCAUCAAUCCGAGUUGGGAGAGGGGGGGUUGACCUCAUCUAGCUACAGUGAGAUAAAAACUAUCUGUGCCUUGUCUCCACCAGAACUCUACAUUGAGUAGGCCAUGUCUACACUACCACUUAUGUUGGCAAAACUUAUGUCGCUCAGGGGUGUGAAAAAACCCCACUCCUGAGUAACAUAAGUUUUGCCGGCAUAAUUGGCAGUGUGCACAGCGCUAUGUCGGUGGGAGAGCUUCUCCCGCCCACAUAGCUACCACCGCUCAAUGGGAGUAGUUUAAUUAUGUCGACGGGAGAGCUCUCGCCCGCCACCAUAGAGCGACUUCACAAGAGAUGUUACACCAGCGCAGCUGCAUCACUACAGCUGUGCCACUGUAAGGUCUCUAAUGUAGACACAGCCUAAAUUGCUCAAAUUAGCUAUCUUGGUGUAAAAACACAACUAUCUUUUCAGGGCAGACAUAACCCAGGUGCAGUGGUGUGGUUAGCUUUCCCCUUGUGCUGACCUGAUCUCCAUCACCCUUCCUAGUCCUGAUAAACCCUGAGCAUCACAUUGCAAAGUGAAUGUUAGUCACCAGAUUUCCUGGUUGGGCGAGAGUCUCAUUCCCAGGUUUUCUGACAUUACUUGUGGUUGUUCUGAAGAGGAGGUAGUUUUUCUACCAGUUUUCUGAUUUAGAAUAUAGUGAGAUGUAAUUAAAAGGCAGGAGGAAAGGUAGAAAAAAAGUAUCAUUUCAGCCUUUCCAGAUGGAAAGAUUGGCUGAUUUUCCCUAUUAUGAUGAUGCUAAAACCUUUGUAACUAACAUGACUGAAUUGUAAUGAGGUGGUGCUGAGUGAAGAAGGCUUGAAUGGACCAGAGGACAGCGUAAUAGGAAAAUCGGUUCUAAUUUGGCAUCAUGAGAUGUAAGAUGCUCUGGAAUUUCAUUUUAUAUGAUAUUGAAACUGUCUUAUUCGCUUGUGUGUUGUGGGUUUUUCUCUUUCCUGAGGGCUUUUGAUAACCUAACUGGAUAUUAGUUUUUUGUGAUAGGGUGAAGUUCAGGUUUUUGGUGGAUUUUGAGACAAAUGACCAUUUAGUUAAAACAAUUUCUUUUUGUGCGUGUCUUUUUUCCACUCCUCCAUUAUGGCAUGGAGAAAGUUCAAGAGCAGUUCAGUCAUCAGGAAUGAAUACUCAAAGCUAUUGGAUGUGCUACCAGAGAGAGAGUAGCAUUUUAAAAUUGUACAUCUAACUAUGAAACGGAAUUGAAUAACACUGUGAUCAUAUAGCCCUGGUCUACACUACAAGUUUAGGUUGAAUUUAGCAGCGUUAGAUCGAUUUUAACCCUGCACCCGUCCACACGACGAAGCCAUUUUUUUGACUUAAAGGGCUCCUAAAAUCGAUUUCUGUACUCCUCCGACGAAGGGAUUAGCGCUGAAAUCGACCUUGCCGGGUUGAAUUUAGGGUAGUGUGGUUGCAAUUCGACGGUAUUGGCCUCCGGGAGCUAUCCCAGAGUGCUCCAUUGUGACCGUUCUGGACAGCGCUCUCAACUCAGAUGCACUAGCCAGGUAGACAGGAAAAGGCCCGCAAACUUUUGAAUCUCAUUUCCUGUUUGGCCAGCGUGGCAAGCUGCAGGUGAGUGCAGAUCUCAUCAGCAGAGGUGACCAUGAUGGAGUCCCAGAAUCGCAAAAGAGCUCCAGCAUGGACAGAACGGGAGGUACGGGAUCUGAUCGCUGUAUGGGGAGACGAAUCCGUGCUAUCAGAACUCCGUUCCAAAAGACGAAAUGCCCAAACAUUUGAAAAAAUCUCCAAGGGCAUGAAGGACAGAGGCUAUAACAGGGCCCCUCAGCAGUGCCGCAUGAAACUUAAGGAGCUCAGGCAAGCCUACCAAAAAACCAGAGAGGCAAACCGGCUGCUUGGGGUCAGAGCCCCAGACAUGCCGCUUCUAUGAUGAGCUGCAUGCCAUUCUAGGGGGUGCAGCCACCACUACCCCACUCCUGUGCUUUGACUCUGUCAAUGGAUUAUCACGCAACAGGGAUGCACGUUUUGGGGUCGAGGAAGAGGAGGAGGUUGAAGAUAGCGCACAGCAAGCAAGCGGAGAAACCAUUUUCCCCGAGAGCCAGGAACUGUUUCUCACCCUGGACCUGGAGCCAGUACCCCCCAUACCCACCCAAGGCGGGCUCCCGGACCUGCAAGGCAGAGAAGGGACCUCUGCUGCAAAUGUUUCAACGCUGCCCCUAUCAUCUCCGUCCCAGAGGCUA